CCGCGCCCGGGAGGGAGAUGCUGCCGCGGCUCGGGCUCCUUGCAGAUUUCUAGCCAGCAUAAUGCUGGAGCAAGAGCUGGGCAACCUGCAGUUUUCAAAAUGGCAGAGUUGGACACCGAUUUGGACCAUAUCAUCCCAUCUUCUGUGCUUCCUGCCUUCUGGCCUAAGUUAGUAGUAGGACUGGUUUCCCUCAUGUGCUUUGCAUACAGCUAUGAUGGAGAUUUUGUCUUUGAUGAUUCUGAAGCAAUUGUUAACAAUAAGGAUCUCCAAGCAGAAACGCCCCUUGGUGACCUGUGGCAUCAUGACUUUUGGGGCAGUAAACUGAGCAGCAACACCAGCCACAAGUCCUACCGACCUCUCACCGUGUUGACUUUCAGAAUUAACUACUAUUUAUCAGGAGGCUUUCACCCGGUGGGUUUUCAUGUGGUCAACCUCCUUCUGCACAGUGGCGUUUCUGUCCUCAUGGUGGAUGUCUUCUCCAUACUAUUUGGUGGCCUGCAGUACACCAGCAAAGGACGGCGGUUGAACCUGGCCCCUCGAGCGUCCCUGCUGGCCGCACUGCUGUUCGCUGUGCAUCCUGUGCACACGGAAUGUGUUGCUGGUGUUGUUGGUCGUGCAGACCUGCUGUGUGCCCUGUUCUUUCUGUUGUCGUUCCUUGGCUACUGUAAGGCAUUUAGAGAAAGUAACAAGGAGGGGACACAUUCUUCUACCUUCUGGGUAUUGCUGAGUAUUCUUUUGGGAGCAGUGGCCAUGCUGUGCAAAGAGCAAGGGAUCACCGUGCUGGGUUUGAAUGCAGUCUUUGACAUCUUGGUGAUUGGCAAAUUAAAUAUUCUGGAAAUUGUUCAGAAGGUAUUACGCAAAGACAAGUCCUUAGAGAACUUUUCUGUGCUCAGGAAUGGGGGUCUUCUCUUCAGAAUGUGUCUCCUGACCUCUGGGGGAGCAGCCAUGCUGUACAUGCGCUGGAAGAUCAUGGGCACAGGCCCCCCGGCAUUUACAGAGGUGGACAACCCGGCUUCCUUUGCUGACAGCAUGUUGGUCAGGGCCAUAAACUAUAAUUACUACUAUUCAUUGAAUGCAUGGCUGCUGCUGUGUCCCUGGUGGCUGUGUUUUGAUUGGUCAAUGGGCUGCAUCCCCCUCAUUAAGUCAGUCAGUGACUGGAGAAUAAUUGCACUAGCAGCACUCUGGUUCUGUCUAAUUGGCCUAAUAUGCCAAGCCCUAUGCUCUGAAGACAGUCACAGGAGAAGGAUCCUUACGCUGGGCCUGGGUUUCCUCCUUAUCCCAUUUCUUCCUGCAAGUAACCUGUUCUUCCGAGUGGGAUUUGUGGUUGCAGAGAGGGUCCUCUACCUCCCCAGUGUUGGGUACUGCAUGCUGCUGACGUUCGGAUUCGGAACUCUCAGUAAACUUACAAAGAAAAAGAAACUAGUCGCUGCCCUUGUGCUUGGCAUUUUGGCCAUAAACAUGCUGAGAUGCAUGGUUCGCAGUGCUGAGUGGCGGAGUGAAGAACAGCUCUUUAGAAGUGCCCUCUCUGUGUGUCCUCUCAACGCGAAGGUUCACUACAACAUUGGCAAAAACCUAGCUGAUAAUGGUAACCAAACAGCUGCCAUCCGAUACUACAGAGAAGCUGUGAGAUUAAAUCCCAAGUAUGUUCAUGCCAUGAACAACCUUGGAAAUAUCUUAAAAGAAAGGAAUGAGCUACAGGAAGCCGAGGAACUGCUGUCUUUGGCUGUACAGAUUCAGCCUGACUUUGCUGCUGCCUGGAUGAAUUUAGGUAUAGUGCAGAACAGCCUGAAGCGUUUUGAAGCAGCAGAACAAAGUUACCGGACAGCAAUUAAGCACAGACGAAAAUACCCAGAUUGUUACUACAACCUCGGACGUUUGUAUGCAGACCUGAACCGCCACAUGGAUGCAUUGAAUGCAUGGAGAAAUGCUACCGUGCUGAAACCAGAGCACAGUCUGGCCUGGAACAACAUGAUUAUCCUCCUCGAUAAUACAGGUAACUUAGCCCAAGCUGAAGCAGUAGGAAGAGAGGCACUGGAAUUAAUACCUAAUGAUCACUCUCUUAUGUUCUCAUUGGCAAACGUGCUGGGGAAAUCCCAGAAAUACAAGGAGUCUGAAGCCUUAUUCCUCAAGGCAAUUAAAGCUAAUCCAAAUGCUGCAAGUUACCAUGGUAAUUUGGCUGUGCUUUAUCAUCGUUGGGGACAUUUAGACUUAGCCAAAAAACACUAUGAAAUCUCUCUGCGACUCGACCCUGCCGCACCAGGAACUAAGGAGAAUUAUGGUCUUCUCAGAAGAAAGCUAGAACAAUUGCAAAAGAGAGACGUCUGAUCUUUUGUUUCUCACCCUUUGUUUGUUUUUAAUGUAUGUGUGUGUGCAUGAGGCUGACCAUUAUGUUAUAUGAUUCCAGUUAAGCAUCUCAAAGGUCUAUUUAAAAGCUCUAGUGUUCUUUAAUUCUGAGAAACUUUUUCCUAUUAAAAAAAUAAAAACAUGCAAAAAGGUUAUAGCACCAGCAAUAUAGUCUUGAAUGCUCAAUAUGGUUUUUGCAUUGAAAAUGUAUUUUUUCAGACAACUC